AUGGAGUCGCAUUGUACGGGGAGGAAGCGGGCAAUUUGUAUCGGCAUCGACUACCAAGGGCAGUCGAGUGAGCUGAAGGGAUGCAUCAACGAUGCACGAGACGUGCGCGACUUCCUCGUCAAACGCUGCCGCUUCAGAAAAGAAGAUGUCAUGCUACUCACCGACGAUAAGUCAAGAUCGUCGCGGUCUUAUCCCUCGCGAGCGAACAUGAUCAGCGCGAUGAAGUGGCUAGUAGAGGGGGCGCAAAUGCAUGAUUCGCUCUUCCUGCACUAUUCAGGUCAUGGCGGGCAAAAACGCGACUUCAACGACGACGAGGCGGAUGGGUACGAUGAAACUAUAUUCCCUGUUGACCACGAAGAGGCCGGCGUCAUCAUCGACGAUGAAAUGCACAAGAUCCUCGUCGACCCCCUCCCUGCUGCAUGUCGGCUAACAGCCCUAUUCGAUAGCUGCCAUUCGGGAACAGUGCUUGAUCUUCCUUACAUUUAUUCUCAACACGGUCGCCUCCGUGGCUCGCAUGUCAGCCCUCGUGCGCGGCUUAGGCAAGCGUCUCCUGCCGACGUCAUCACCUGGUCCGCGUGCAGAGAUGGACAAACAUCCGUCGAUACCUUCGCAGGCGGUGAAGCCGUCGGCGCCAUGAGCUACGUAGGUGUCGGCGUGUUCUAUCUCUUCUAUGUUCCUGUGAGUGAAGCACACUCGCUGACUGUCGGCUUUAUCAGGCCUUCCUCAAAAUCCUUAGGAAUGAGAGGGACUUGUCGUAUAGCGACCUGCUGA